CUCAGUCAUAAUAUGAUGUACCAAAAGAUUGUAUUAUACAAAUCGAAUUGGUUUUUCCUUUGCCAUAUUCUCACUCAUUCUUCUCUUUGUUCUGCCUUAAACAAAAAGCCAGAGAAAGUUGUAAUCCAUCCAUAUCAUUGAUAUAAAAUCCCUUCUUUAAGUCUUGUUCUGUUCUGCGACAUGAUUAUGUGAUUUUUCCCCUUCAUUCCGAUCUUGGUAUUCUUAGCUUAGUUCUUUUGCUUCAUGUUCACAAAUGCAUGGCUUUCCUUAAUCACAAAGUUACGACCAUAUUAAUAUUUCUUUGUGCUUGAAACACUGGUCUUAGUCUAACUCUAAGUGCUUAUAGCCAUGACAGUUUGUGUGUCUAAAAGCAUGAGAUACACCUUGUUCAUCAACACCUCUUUCCUCCUCGUGAUUUGUUCUUUUAUGAUUGUUCAUUUACACACCCCAGAAGUUGUGGUUGUGACCAAAAUCGCUGCCUCUGAUAUCAGCAAUGAGCAAGAGUGUGAGAGCUUAGACAACCUCGGUGACUACAGAGCCAAGUGCUUGUACCUGAAAUCCAAUGACCCUUGUGCUUCUCAGGGCUACAUUGAUUAUCUCUACCUUUUCUAUUGCAAAUUUGGGAGAUUCCCUUCUCUGGGUUACACCCUUUUGUUUCUUUGGCUCCUAGUUCUGUUUUACUUGUUGGCUAACACAACUUCUGAGUACUUUUGUCCCUCCCUUGAAAGCCUCUCAAAGUUACUAAGGUUGUCCCCUACUAUUGCUGGAGUUACUCUCCUCUCUCUUGGAAAUGGUGCAUGUGAUGUUUUCUCUAGCCUUGUGUCUUUCCAGGGAAGUGGGACCCGAAGCAUUGGCUUCAACACGGUUCUUGGGGGCGUUUCCUUUGUGUCAUGUGUUGUGGUGGGGAGUGUGAGCAUUGCAACACGCCAAAGGGGUGUUCAAGUAGUCAAGUCUGCGUUUGUGAGAGAUGUUUAUUUUCUCCUGUUGGUUCUUCUGACCUUGUUUGGUAUUUUGGUCUAUGGUAGGAUCAAUGUUCUUGGGGCAAUUGGUUUCACUUUGAUGUAUGCUGUGUAUGUGGUUAUUGUUUAUGUCUCUUCUAGAUGGAAGGAAGGUGGUGGUGGUGCUGAUGCUGAAAUUGGCAAUGAUUUGAGUUUGAGUGUGCCUCUUCUCAAGAAAGGACCAAUUGAUUGUGUUGAAAAUGGUGCUCAAGAUAUUGAGAAACAUUUCUGUUGUAUGAGAUAUUCCAUGUGUAGAGUGUCACUUUUUGUUCUUGAGAUGCCCCUUUACUUGCCUAGGAGAUUGACAAUUCCUAUUGUGUGUGAAGAGAGAUGGUCAAAGGUGUAUGCAGUUUCUUCAGUGAUAUUAUCUCCACUUCUCUUGUCUUUCCUGUGGAGAAGUCCUUAUAAUGGAAACAGUGACUUCAGCCAAAACCUUAUUGUGUAUGAAAUUGGACUGUUGGUUGGAAUCAUAUUUGGUGUGGCUGCAUUUUUCACAACCAAAAUGUCAGGGCCACCAAACAAGUGCUUAUUUCCUUGGCUUGCAGGUGGGUUUGUGAUGAGUGUGACAUGGAGCUACAUUAUAGCACAAGAGUUGGUGGGGUUGCUGGUUUCAAUAGGGUACAUAUGUAGAAUAAGUCCUUCAAUGCUAGGGUUAACAGUUCUUGCUUGGGGGAACUCAAUUGGUGAUUUAAUGACAAAUUUAACAAUGGCUUUAAAUGGUGGACAAGAGGGUGUUCAAGUAGCAAUAUCAGGUUGCUAUGCCGGUCCUAUCUUCAAUACCCUCAUUGGUUUAGGCUUGUCUCUUGUGACUUCUACUUGGUCAGAGUACCCUGAACCUGUUGUGAUCCCUAAGGAUCCUUAUCUGUGGGAAACAAUGGUGUUUUUGGUGGCUGGACUUAUUAUGUAUAAUUUUAUGCUAGUUUUGGCACUAGUGGUUUUGGUGAAAAGAGAAAUGAAGCUUGAUGGAGUCUUGGGAGGAGGGCUUUUAUUUGUUUACUUCCUUUCUCUGUUCAUAAGGCUGAUUCAGACACAAGGGUCUCCCCAAUAGUCCAAUUUAUAUGAUUUGUUAGGCUUUGAUUCUUAGUAUUUUGGAUAUAACAUUAGACAUAUAAUUGUGAUCAGGUUCGUGUGACUAUUAUUAACAAAUGACAGUUGUUUCUGUGAGAUUUGAAGCUAUGAUAGAUUGGUACAAAUUUUCUGGUUGUGUAAAUGUACGAAUAUAUAAAUGUAUAAUCCUCUCA